GAGGCCAGCUCUCUGUCCGGCUCCGAGCACGCUUCCAUGUCUCCAUCCACCACCUGGGCAGCAGCGGCGGUGACCUGGGCCAGAUCCGACCGGGACAGAGGCCACCCCGAUGGCUGGCAUGUCAGGGCAACCCCCCAGCAUGUACUGGUGUGUGGGGCCCGGGGGCAACAUGCUACACCCAGAGGCUGCCAUGGACACGGACACGCGGACGGGUGCCCGGGACAUGGGCAGCAAGGAGUCCACGCUGGGCGUUGAUCCUGAAGGGCGCUGCCCUGGAGCGGAGGGCAUCCAGGCCGCGUACCAACGGGGAGACCAGGCCGGGGCCCGGCGCCUGCUCAGGGAGGCCUGUGAUGAGAGCAGCAGCCAGCAGGAGAAGCACCAGCUCCUGAGCCUCUCAGCGGCUUCCGGGGACCUGGAGGCAGUGCGCUACCUGCUCACGGAGCGGGGGAUGGAGCUGCCCACUGAGCCCACAGAUGACAACCCAGCCGUGCUGGCAGCUCAACUCGGCCACACCGACGUGGUGCGAGAGCUGCUGGAGUCCCUGCCAGGCCCCUGCCGCCCCCAGUGCCUGCUUAACUGGAUGCUGGCCUUGGCGUGCCAGUGUGGCCACCUGGGGGUGGUGAGGCUGCUCGUGCUGACCCACGGGGCCGAUCCCGAGAGCUGCGCGGUCAGGAAGAAGGAGUUUCCCGCCAUUGCGCGCCUGCCCCUCUACGCCGCUAUCAAAGCAGGGAAUGAAGACAUUGCCAUCUUCCUGCUCCGGCAUGGGGCCUUCUUCUGCUCGUACAUCUUACUGGACAGCCCUGACUCCAGCAAGCACCUCCUCCGCAAGUACUUUGUCGAAGCCGGUGCCUUGCCCAACGUUGGUCCAGGGAAAAUGCCACUCUGCGUAAAGUGGGCCCACCUGCGGCUGCCCUGGGUGGACCUGGACUGGCUGCUGGACAUCUCCUGCCAGAUCACCGAGCUCGACCUGUCUGCCAACUGCCUGGUCUCCCUGCCAUCCGUCAUACCCUGGGGCCUCAUCAGCCUCCGCAAGCUCAGCCUCGCCCAAAACCAGCUGGCGGAGCUGCCCGGCGUGCAGUCCUCCGACGAGAUCAUCUGCUCCAGACUGCUAGAAAUCGACAUUUCCAGCAACAGACUGUCGCACCUCCCGGCAGCGCUCCUGCACCUCUCCAAGCUCCAGAAGCUCACCGCCUCCAAGAACUAUCUGGAGAGGCUUUUUGAAGAAGAGAGCACCACCAACUGGAUCGGCCUGAGGAAGCUCCAGGAGCUCGACCUGUCAGACAACAAGCUGACUGAGCUCCCCGCCACCUUCCUGCACUCGUUCAAGUCGCUCAGCUACCUGAAUGUCUCCAGGAACAACCUAAAGGUGUUUCCAGAAGCCUGGGCCUGCCCGCUGAAAUGCUGCCAGGCGUCCAGAAACGCUCUGAGAUGCCUGCCUGACAAGAUGGCCGUCUUCUGGAAGAAUCACUUGAAGGAUGUGGACUUCUCGGAAAACACACUCAGGGAAGUUCCCCUGGGGCUCUUCCAGCUGGAUGCCCUCAUGUUCCUGAGGCUGCAGGGGAACCAGCUGGUGGCACUGCCCCCUCCAGACAAGUGGACCUGCAGGCAGCUCAAGACCCUGGACCUCGCCAGAAACCAGUUCGGCAAAAACGAAGACGGACUUAAAACAAAGCGGAUUUCUCUCUUCACCACCAGAGGGCGCCAGCGUUCAGGGACGGAGACAGCGUGCACCCUCGAGUUCCCAGCUUUCCUGAGCGAAUCCUUGGAAGUCCUGUGUCUGAAUGAUAACCUGCUGGACGCCGUCCCGCCUUCCGUCUGCCUGCUCAGGAACCUGUCCGAGCUCUACCUAGGGAACAACCCCGGCCUCCGCGAGCUGCCCCCCGAGCUGGGGCAGCUGGGCAACCUGUGGCAGCUGGACACGGAGGAGCUGAGCAUCAGCAACGUGCCCGCAGACAUCAGGAAGGAGGGCCCCAAAGCUGUGCUGUCCUUCCUGCGGGCGCAGCUGCGCAGAGCCGAGAAGUGUCGGCUGCUGAAGAUGAUCCUGGUGGGGCCCCCGCGCCAGGGCAAGUCCACCCUCCUGGAGAUCCUGCAGACGGGCCGCGCCCCCCAGAUGCCACCCCCAGAAGCCGCCAUCCGCACCACUAAGUGGGAGCUGCAGAGGCCAGCAGGCUACAAGGCCAAGGAGGUCGAGUCGGUGGAGUUCAGCGUGUGGGACAUGGGCGGACCUGCCAGCAUGGCCACCGUGAACCAGUGCUUCUUCACCGACAAGGCACUCUACGUGGUGGUGUGGAACCUGGCGCUGGGUGAGGAGGCCGUGGCCAGCCUGCAAUUCUGGCUGCUCAACAUCGAGGCCAAGGCCCCAAACGCCGUGGUGCUGGUGGUGGGCACGCACCUGGACCUGAUCGAGACCAAGUUCCGCGUGGAGCGCAUCGCCACGCUGCGUGCCUACGUGCUGGCGCUCUGCCGCUCGCCGUCUGGCUCCCGCGCCACCGGCUUCCCGGAUAUCACCUGCAAACACCUGCACGAGCUCUCCUGCAAGAGCCUGGAGGGGCAGGAGGGGCUGCGACAGCUCAUCUUCCACGUCACGUGCAACAUGAAAGACGUGGGCAGCACCAUUGGCUGCCAAAAACUCGCGGGGAGGCUGAUCCCCAGGAGCUACCUGAGCCUGCAGGAGGCAGUGCUGGCGGAGCAGCAGCGCCGCAGGCUGGAGGACGCCGUGCAGUACCUGACAGACAGGCAGCUGGAGCAGCUGGUGGAGCAGAUGCCGGGCAACGACAUCCGGGACUACGAGGACCUGCAGUCAGCUAUCAGCUUCCUCAUCGAGACGGGCACACUGCUGCACUUCCCCGACACCAGCCGCGGCCUGCACAACCUCUACUUCCUGGAUCCUAUCUGGCUGUCCGAGUGUCUGCAGCGCAUCUUCAGCAUCAAGGGCUCGCGCUCGGUGGCCAGGAACGGGGUGAUCCGCGCCGAGGACCUGCGGCUGCUGCUGGUUGGCACGGGCUUCACGCAGCAGACGGAAGAGCAGUACUUCCAGUUUCUGGCCAAGUUCGAGAUCGCCCUGCCCGUGGCCCACGACAGCUACCUCCUACCACACCUGCUUCCUUCCAAGCCGGGCCUGGACACCCACGGCCUGCGGCACCCCUCAGCCAACAGCAUCCAGCGGGUGUUCAAGAUGAGCUUCGUGCCCGUGGGCUUCUGGCAGAGGUUCAUUGCCCGAAUGCUCAUCAGCCUGGCAGAGAUGGACCUGCAGCUAUUUGAGAACAAGAAGAAUACCAAAAGCAGACACCGGAAAGUCGCCAUUUACAGUUUCACAGGCAACCAGAGGAACCGCUGCAGCACCUUCCGCGUGAAGAGGAACCAGACCAUCUACUGGCAGGAGGGGCUCCUGGUCACCUUCGAUGGGGGCUACCUCAGUGUGGAGUCCUCCGAUGUGAACUGGAAGAAGAAGAAGAGUGGAGGCAUCAAGAUCAUCUGCCAGUCGGAAGUGCGGGACUUCUCAGCAAUGGCUUUCAUCACAGAUCAUGUCAACUCCUUGAUCGAUCAGUGGUUUCCUGCCCUGACGGCCACAGAAAGUGAUGGGACGCCCCUCAUGGAGCAGUACGUGCCCUGCCCUGUGUGUGAGACGUCCUGCGCCCUGCACGCUGAGCCCAGCCAACGGGCAACUGAGGGCCUGCAGUACUUCAACAUGGAAGACUGUGUGCUCACGGCCAUCGAGCGUGACGUCAUCGCUUGCCCCCUGCACCCCGAUGUGCCCGUGCCCCUCCAGGAACUGGUCCCUGAGCUCUUUAUGACUGAUUUCCCCGCCAGGCUCUUCCUGGAGAACAGCCAGCUGGAGCACAGCGAGGAUGAGGGCAGCGUGCUGGGCCAGGGCGGCAGUGGCACCGUCAUCUACCGCUCCCGCUACCAGGGCCAGCCAGUGGCGGUGAAGCGCUUCCACAUCAAGAAGUUCAAGAACAUGGCCAGCACGCCCGCAGACACCAUGCUGCGGCACCUGCGGGCCACGGACGCCAUGAAGAACUUCUCGGAGUUCCGGCAAGAGGCCAGCAUGCUGCACGCCCUGCAGCACCCCUGCAUCGUGUCUCUCAUUGGCAUCAGCAUCCACCCGCUCUGCUUCGCGCUGGAACUCGCCCCGCUAGGCAGCCUCAACACCGUGCUGGCCGACAACGCCAGAGACGCCUCCUUCAUGCCGCUGGGACACAUGCUCACACAGAAGGUCGCCUACCAGAUUGCCUCGGGGCUGGCCUACCUGCACAAGAAGAACAUCAUCUUCUGCGACCUCAAGUCAGACAACAUCCUGGUCUGGUCCCUGGACGUCAAGGAGCUGGUCAACAUCAAGCUGUCAGACUACGGCAUCUCACGGCAGUCAUUCCACGAGGGCGCCCUGGGUGUGGAGGGCACGCCGGGCUACCAGGCCCCCGAGAUCCGGCCCCGCGUCGUAUACGAUGAGAAGGUAGACAUGUUCUCCUACGGAAUGGUGUUGUACGAGCUGCUGUCAGGGCAGCGGCCCGCCCUCGGCCACCACCAGUUGCAGAUCGCCAAGAAGCUGUCCAAGGGUGUCCGCCCUGUGCUGGGGCCGCCUGAGGAAGUGCAGUUCUACCGGCUGCAGACGCUCAUGAUGGAGUGCUGGGACACCAAGCCUGAGAAGCGCCCGCUGGCCCUGUCGGUGGUGAACCGCAUGAAAGACCCCACUUUCGCCGCCUUCAUGUACCAGCUGCCUUGCGGGAGGCAGACGGCCUUCUUCUCACCGCAGGGCCCAGAAACCACUGUGGUCUUCUGGGACGGGAAGGAGGAGUCCAGGAACUACACGGUGGUGAACACAGAGAAGGGGCUGCUGGAGGUGGAGCGUAUGAGCUGUGCGGGCAUGAAGCUGAGCUGCCAGCUCAAGGUCCAGAGCGCUCUGUGGACGGCCACUGAGGACCAGAAGAUCUACAUCUACAACCUUAAGGGUAUGUGUCCGCUCAGCACCCCCCAGCGGGCUCUGGACACCCCGGCCGUCGUCACCUGCUUCCUGGCAGUGCCUAUUAUUAAAAAGAACUGUUACCUGGUGCUGGCCGGCCUGGCCGAUGGGCUGGUGGCCGCCUUCUCGGUGGUGCGGGGCGCUCCGGCCGGCUGCUCCUACCUGUGCUCGCACACGGCCAACCGCGCCAAGUUCGGCAUCCCCGACGACGACGCACGGCAGAACCCCUACCCCGUUCGGGCCAUGGAGGUGGCCAACAGCGGUGGCGAGGUCUGGUACGGCAACGGGCCGGGGCUGCUGGUGGUGGACUGUGAGGCUGUGGCCAUCCGCCGCCGCCUGGAGCCCUUCAGGGCACCCUCGGCCGUGGCCUCGCUGGCCUGCAGCUCGGAGGGCCGCGGGGAGGAGGUGGUCUGGUGCCUGGACGACCGGGCCAGCUCCCUCGUCAUGUACCACGCGGCCACCUACCAGCUGUGUGCCCGCUACUUCUGCGGGGACCCCAGCCCCCUCCGGGACGUGUUCCCCGUACGCCCUCUGGGCCUCGAGCCCCCUGGCACCCAGGCGGGCGGCCCCCAGGAGCAGGGGGGAGGCUCCAUCGCCGAUGUGAGCAUUAUGUACAGCAAGGAGCUGGGCACGCAGAUCCUCACCCACCAGGACUCGCUGACCGACUACUGUUCCAUGUCGUCCUACUCCUCGUCACCCCCGGGCCUCUUGUCCCCCACCGGCCUGCCCAGCUCCCCGGCCAGUUCGGCCAGUGCCCCUUUCUCCACCGACGCUGAGGACUCAGAGCGGCUGCAGGAGGUUCUGGGAGGCUCCGACCUGACCCCUGUGGACGGGGAGGCCUACAGCCAGCACCUGCAGGCUGUGAAGGUCCUGGCCGUGAAGGACCUCAUCUGGGUCCCCAGACGCGGUGGAGACAUCAUCAUCAUCGGCCUGGAGAAAGAUGCUGGGGCCCAGAGGGGCCGAGUCCUCGCUGUCCUAAAGGCCCGAGAGCUGACUUCAUGUGGGGCGCUGGUGGACGCAGCCGUGGUGGCCAAGGACACGGUGCUGUGCGCCUUCAAGAACGAGAACUUGCAGUGGUGCCUGGGCCUGUGGAGGGGCUGGGGCGCCCGAGACUUUGACAUCUUCUACCGCUCCUACGAGGAGCUGGGCCGCCUGGAGGCCUGCCCGCGGAAACGCAGGUGACUGCCAGGGCCUGGCAUCACAGGGGCCAGCUGGCCUGGCCCAGCAGCCUGAGCCCCUUGCUUGCAGCCCUGGGGAGGAAGGCUCAGAAGACUGACCAGGUUCUGUAUCCCCCCUCAACCACUUGCUGCUAAGACACGCUGAGAAGGGCGCACCCUGGCGGUAGUGCCUCCCAUGCUCCAGGGCAGAAUUACCCAAAUACCCCAUUGCUGGGAAAGAUGGCAGAAAAGAGGGUGUCCACUUGGGCCGGACUCCCCCUGUCUCUUCCACUCACUUUCCAGAGCAGGGAAGAGAAGGAGAAGUGGGGGGACCACUUCCUGGGCUGGGUCACAUAAAGAAGAAUCCCCCCCCCGACAUAAUGGGUCUGCCCACUCCCCCCCAACCCUGCCUGCCCCCCCCCCCCGUCUGGGGUGGAAUUACACUAGAGGCUCACAGUUGGCUGUGCCCCCUCCACCCCCACCCCCUGUCUUUCCCUCAAUGGCCUCCCAGACUCAGCGUAUUUCUCAGGCCCCUGUGUCCCGGGGCUCUGCUUGGGCCUGAGAUCAGAUGUCCCCUGCUUGGAAAGCCCCCAGAGGACCAGGCCCCGGGAAUGAAUGAGUUCCUUUAAGAGCAGAGCCAGGGGCUAGUGCAGGACGGGGGGCACCCGCUCAGCCCUGGCACAAAGGGAAGCAGAAACGCUCCCAGUAGGGCCCAGGAAGAGGGCCUGGUGUUUAUCGCUUUGGAAAAUAAAACUUGGAGGCAGGCCCUGUUUGUUUGCACAUCAUAAUCUUGUUUAUCACGUUCACAAAUUAAGUAAUAUCCCAGCGGUUAGGCCUCGGGUUGUGAAAUUGUCUCCUCUGUGGUUUGAAGUAACUUCUGUAUUUUCUCAAUGCUUAUUGCAGACGAUGGAAGGAGGAGUAUUAAAGGGUAAAAAAUAGAAGUGAAAAUAUGAGUGGGGGAUCCAUGGAUAUGACAGAAAAGAUUGUAUCAAUCACACGUGCACACACAUUUCCACACGUGUGUGCGGGCACACACACACACACACACACACACACACACACCCAUUGAGCAAAAGGACCCAUUUUGAGCCUGCUUAAAACAGAGAGAGUUGUUGUUCUGCACCCCAUUAAGAAUUUUGGUCCGGGGGACCAGACAGUGGUGCACCAGGUUAAGCACACAGUACGAAGCACAAGGACCCACACAGGCUCCUAGUUCAAGCCCACAGCUCCCCACCUGCAAGGGGGCUGCUUUGCAAGUGGUGAAGCAGGUCUGCAGGUGUCUAUCUUCCUUUCUUCCUCUCUGUCUUCCCCUCCCCAUUCAGUUUCUCUCUGUCCAAUCAAGAAAAUGGCCACAGGAGCAGUGGAUUCAUAGUGCAGGCACCAAGCCCCAGUGAUAACCCUGGUGGCAAAAAAAAAGUUUAGUCCAUACUCCCAGAGAGAUAAAAAUUAGGGAAGCUUCCAGUGGAGGGGAGGGGAUACAGAACUCUGGUGGUGGGAACUGUAUGGAAUUGCACCCCUCUUAUCCCACAAUCUUGUCAAUCAUUAUUAAAUCACGAAUAAACACACAGAGAGAGACUGAGAGCUGGAAUGUGAGAGGUCACCCUUCAGUUCAAGUGAUUGGCCUUUCUUUAAAAAGUGAAUCAGAAAUCAAACAUGGAGGGCAGGGGAGACAGCAUUAUGGUUCUGCAAACACGCUCAUGCCUGAUGCUCUCAGGUCCCAAGUUCAAUCCUCAGCACCACCAUAAGCCUGAGCCGUGCAGUGCUCUGGAAAAAAGAAAAAAUCAAACAUGGGAUUUACCAGGGUGUGUACAAGGGGGAAGAUGUGGAUCCUUUUAUCUGGAAAUAAACAGACUCUCAGAUAUGAA